AAAACAAAUCUGAUUUGAUAUCGGUAUAAAAAGCCACAAACCCGUUCAAUUAAUCGUUCAGUUCUAAACAUUCCCUGUUAACGACACCAACGACAACAACUCCACAUCAUGAAAUUCCUUUGCAGUAUUUUAAUCCUUGCUGGAGUUUUUGCUCUAAAUGAUGCCUUCCCCUCAUCCGAUGAUCAAAUGCGUCUUAUCAGAGACGAAAUGAUAUUGGGCGACUUAAGGCAACUGACAGCCAACAGGGCCUCCUCAUCUGAUUGUUCGACAGAAUAUCUUCAGAAAUUAACUGCUGUUUUGGAAACUUACAACACUAAUUUAAAGGAAUGUGAUACUGCAGAACAAACGUUAAUAGCAGAACUGAAUAAAGAAGCUACUGCUAAAAUUGAAGAAAUCAACAAAAAUAUCACAGGCACAUGCAGUAGCGCUUGCCAAACUGAUUCUGAUCCUUCUGAAGGCCUUGCAUGCAUUGAAGAAGAGUCUUCGGCGAGCUCUAGAUUGUUGUCAGAGAUAUCAGUUACAGCUGCAACUUAUGCAGUUGAAUUGACCAAAGCCAUUGAAAAUGCCGAAGGUGUCAAAAAGGUGUGCGUCCAAUUAGCUUACAAUGAUUACAGCGACAAAUCACAAACUGUGGAAGAUGAAUUCAAGAAAUGUGUCAACCAGAAAGAAGCAGCACAGAGCAAUUAAUUUAACCAACAAAAAAUCUCAAUGGUUUAACCAAGAACUAAACAUCAACUAAAUAAAUGAUAUUGUUUUAAUCCUUUGACAACAAAUUUUGCUAUCUAUUGUGAACUUUUUAACAACUAAGUUUCAAUAAAAAAGCAGAUUCAAGCAUUUAAACAAA